AUGGCGAUACAGCUUCCUGCGAUAAAGUCGAAAUACCCCAAAAUCCCUAUUACCAAUUUAAAACCAUCACAAGCUAAAUGUUUUGAUAGUAUUGUGAAAGGAAAUGAUCUUAUGGCGUUGUUACCGACUGGUUACGGUAAAUCACUGGUUUUUUAUUUGGCGCCUUUGAUUAAAGAUGAGAUACAGAAAUCGGGGGAUAAUCAUAUUGCCUUGGUGAUAUCCCCUCUGAAGGCACUCAUGCACAGUCAGGCGGACUUCUUGUUGGCUCUUGGUAUUUCAACAGGAGUUAUCCGACCGAAAGGAAUGAUGAAAUCUCAAGAAGAAGAAAAUAUUCUACAUGGUAAGGUGCAGAUUGUGUUCUGCUCACCCGAGAUGAUUGUGAAAAAGCCAUGGAGGCGAAUGCUGACUUCAACAACUUAUAAGGACAGAUUAGCAAUCGUUGCUUUUGACGAGAUGCAUUGCGUUGCCACUUGGCCCAACAUAUAUCUUGAUGUCAUACUAAAAAAACCAGGGGAAGGCAUCGAGAAACACAUUGAUGAAUACAUCCGGGAACUGGGGGAACAGAAACAGAAAGCGCGGAAAUCCAUCAUAUAUUGUUCUUCAAUCAAGAUAACAUCAGAAAUAUACAUCACACUCAUCAAUAUAUUGCUACAGCAGGGUCUGUCGAAAUUGCCCGCCGAAAAACUGGUCGACCAGUUCCACAGUGCAUUAGACAAGGACACGGCAGAUGUCAUUGUGAAUGAAUUUCUGAAGGCAGACAGUCAUAUUCGCUGCCUUGUGUCCACAGUUGCUUUUGGGAUGGGAAUGUCUGUAAACGACAUCGAAAUAAUCUAUCAUUGGGGCCCAUCCCAAAAUGCGAUGAAUUCUUGGCAAGAAGUAGGGAGGGCGGGCCGGGAUGGCCGAUCCUCACAAGCAACUCUGUUAAUAAACCAAAACAUGAGGACAGAGAUCAAUAAACACAAAUGCCAAUUCCCGCCUGUUCAUACUCAACAUUUUCAGGAAGAUAUCUUAAGUUAUUGUAAGGUUGCCAGUGGCAAGAAAGACUGUCUCAGGCGAAACCUUCUCGGAAAUUUCAUCGGCUAUGAAGGCGGAGAGGAAAGAGACUGCUCGGUCAUAUGCAAUUGUAAAACCUGCUGCUGUAACUGCAGUGGUUCCUGUGGCUACACUGAUUAA